CAGUGGUCCUUUUCCUGGAGCUACAGCGAUGGCCCGGGGUCCAAAAAAGCACCUGAAGCGCCUGGCGGCCCCCCGGCACUGGAUGCUGGAUAAACUGACUGGAGUAUUCGCUCCCCGUCCAUCUACAGGUCCCCACAAGCUCCGGGAGUGUCUCCCCCUCAUCAUUUUCCUCAGAAAUCGUCUGAAGUACGCUUUGACUGGUGAUGAGGUGAAGAAGAUCUGUAUGCAGAGAUUCAUCAAAAUUGAUGGCAAAGUCCGUACUGAUGUGACUUACCCAACUGGAUUCAUGGAUGUGAUCAGUAUUGAUAAAACAAGUGAACAUUUCCGUCUGAUCUAUGAUACCAAGGGUCGCUUUGCAGUGCACCGAAUUACAGCUGAGGAGGCAAAGUAUAAGCUAUGCAAAGUAAGAAAGAUUCGAGUAGGCACCAAGGGAAUUCCUCACCUGGUCACACAUGAUGCACGAACCAUUCGCUAUCCGGAUCCUCUGAUUAAGGUUAAUGACACUGUGCAGAUUGAUCUGGAUACUGGCAAAAUCACAGACUUCAUCAAAUUUGAUACAGGUAACUUAUGCAUGGUGAUAGGAGGUGCUAACUUGGGUCGUAUUGGAGUAAUCACUAAUCGUGAGAGGCACCCUGGCUCUUUUGAUGUUGUUCACGUAAAGGAUGCUAACGGUAAUAGCUUUGCUACCAGGCUUUCCAACAUUUUUGUUAUUGGAAAGGGUAAUAAGCCAUGGGUUUCCCUGCCUCGUGGAAAGGGUAUCCGUCUCACCAUUGCUGAAGAGAGAGACAAAAGACUGGCUGCAAAGCAGAGUAGCAACUAAAUGUUUGAGAACUGAUCAGUAGCUGUACCAUCCCUUGGCAACAUUUAAAAAAAAAGUUUUCUUUAUAAA